CGAUAGUUUAAUAAAAGAACGAUUAUUCUUAUCAAUUCGUUAUUGAUUCGCUUAUUAUCAAUUCAUAUUUAUCGCGUAUUUCAAAACAAGUUCUAGUGUCAAGGUUUUUUCGAAAGUAUAAAAGUCUGUAGGAAUGGGCGUUUUUUUUCCAAAAAAUUAUUAUCGAUAUGAAGGUUUUCAUUUUACUUAUUUCGUUAAUCACCGGAAUUCUGGCCGAUGCGUACAUAGAAAAAUUAGAAUCGGCUUCGAAAGCUUGCGGGGUCGAUGGACUUAAAGAAUUGGUAGCUUUAGAAGGAAAAAACGAUAAAACGCAUUUAGGUACAACAUUAUUUUGUAUAAAUAAGGAAAUAGGGCUGCAAGAUGAUAAAGGGAUUAUUAAUAAAGACAAAGUAGCGGUUCACAUUAAGACAAUGUUGAAAAAUAAGAACGAAACAUUCCAAAAUGACGUAAUCAACGAUUGUAACGAACCAACGGGUGAAAACGGUGCAGAAAAAGCAUUCAAUUUCAUGACAUGUCUCCAUCAGAAACUUAAACAUUAAAUAUCAUAUAAAAUAUAAUUAGAAAUCAUUUAUAUUGAAAUAAAAUACGAUAAGUUGUUG